CUAGGAGUAUAAAAUUAUAUAUACUCCCUAAUAUUGUACGGGUUGAAUCGUCCUUUGGCCUCUUAUUAUUGAAAGGCUAGGCGAGGGGGAAGCAAAGCACACAUGAAAUGAAAUCAAAGUUGGUAUGAUGAUGAAGAAAAGUAAUACUACUACCAUUAUUCUUUGUAUAGACGGAGGUGGUGGAAUUAGAGCAAUCAUCCCUGCUCUCAUCCUCUCCUAUCUUGAGUCCCAGCUUCAGGAGUUGGACGGGGAGGAGGCGCGGAUAGCGGAGUACAUGGACGUGAUAGGAGGAACCGGCACAGGUGGCCUCAUCACCGCCAUGCUCACUGCCCCUAAUAACAACAACCAACGCCUCCAUCGGCGCCGCCGCCCUCUCUUUGCCGCUAAGGACAUCCCUCCUUUCUUCCUCCACCAUUUCCCCCUAUUUUUCCCUCACAUCAAAGGGCCAUUUGGGGAGGUAAUAAACCAGAUGAAAGCAUCGACGGGGCCUAAAUAUGAUGGAAAAUACAUUUCCAAACUUGUCAAGGACUUAUUUGGAGGCACCAGGUUGCAUCAAACCUUGACCAAUGUCGUUAUUCCUACUUUUGACAUAAAGACCCUUCAACCACUCAUCUUCAACUCAUUUGAGACAAUAAAAGAUACGACCUUGGAUGCAAAGCUAUCAGACAUAUGCAUGGGUACCACUGCCACACCAACCCUUCUGCCACCCCACUACUUCAACAACAAAGACUACAAAGGAACCCAAAGAGAAUUCAACCUCGUCGACGGAUCUCUUGUUGCAAAUAACCCCACUCUAGUAGCUAUCAAUGAAGUGGCUAAGCAAGUGCUGAAGGGACACCCAGCCUUCGAUCACCAGGCCAAACCCUUGGAACCAUCGGGGCGGCAAUACAUCGUCAUAUCGAUCGGGGCAGGCUCUUGCAAGAAAGAACACAAGUACAACGCCAGAAAGGCACGAAAGUGGGGACUGUUUGAUUGGCUGUUCAAUGGGAACUCCAUUCCAUUAAUGGAAGCUUUUCAUCAAGCUAGCACAGACAUGGUUGAUGUCCAGACCUCUGUUCUCUUGUCAGCUCUUCACUCAGACGACAACUACCUCCGAAUCCAAGAUGAGACGUUGUGUGGGGCUUUGUCAGCAGUGGAUAUGGCGACUAAGGAGAAUAUGGAGAGGCUUGUGAGAGUUGGGGAGAAUCUAUUGAGAAAACCAGUUUGCAAACUUGAUAGAGUUACUGGAGAAUAUAAGCCCGUCCAUAAUGGAGGAACCAAUAUGGAAGCACUUAAAAAGUUCGCAAAGAUGUUAUCAGAUGAAAGGAAAUUGCGGCAAUCACAAAUGGCUCUCCCUUUGAGUGAUUACAUUCAUAGCUAGCUGAUGAGUACGUAUUUAUGACUCUUAUUUUAGACUUCCCUAUUUGUUUGAAUUGAAUAUAUGUACCCUCCUCACACCAUAGCAUAGUGUCUCUUAAAGUUCUUUCUCUAUUGACCUUUUGAGAAUUUAUGAAAGAGAAUUUGCGAUCAUUUUUUUAUCUUUAAUAGGGAGUAUUUUUUAAUCACAUAACAUAAAAGAUCUGUUAGAAU